GAAGCACGCCCAAACCUGCCUGGCCUCGUGUGUGGUGUGGCUGGGGGUGUCCAGUGGGUGGCCCCCCGCCUUUCAGAGUGUGGCCUCUGAUGGAUUUGGUGCAAUAAGGCCGAAGGCGGGGUGCUGAGCAGCUUGUGUGUCAGAACCAGCUCCAUCUGCCGAGUGAUCUGAUGGGAGUGGACCAGGAGAGUCUAGGCGUCUCCAGAACGUACACUCUGCCGUGGCGUGGGGCAGGCUGUGCACCCGGUCCUCAGCGGGGCACACAGACACAGAGAGCAGGAGGCCCCUGGACGCUGGUUAGCGAUCUGACAGAGUGACCCUGAGAGCGAAGAAUGCGCUGUGUUUCGUGUCUUUGCGUUUGGAAUUGCAUUCUCUAGCCUCUUGUUUUACUGUGUUUUACAGAAGUGCCAGCCCACGACAGACUGGAGAUCAGGGACGCACACACACCUGCUCUGCUGGCAUCUGCCCCGCCGGGCGAGCGGACGUGGUUAAGAGCAGCCUGGUAGGCGGCACACAGAGCUUCUCUCUUGACUUCCUCUGCUCUGUGGUGAGAGUGUGCAGACUGAGGGCCCAGCCUGCUGACCAGCCGGGCGCGGGCGAGCCCCUCCCAGCUCGGGGCGUGGCCUGCUGCAGGACUCAGGUUUGGCCAGACCUCAGGGUGACGGGCUCUGAGCUGGGUGCAGUGGAGGGACGUUGGAGCCCAGCCUGAGUCCGAACCUGCCCUCUCCACACGGUUGCCACCAUGCUGCCCUCGGAGCAGGCCCUGGAGGAGCUGCUGGCCCACAAGGAGGAGGAGUGGCGGGCGCUGCAGGCCCGCCGUGCCCAGCUGCAGGGUGCCGCCCUGCAGGAUGUGCAGCGCCGGCUGGAGGACGCGCAGGGUCAGCUGCGGCGCCUCCGGGAGGACUUUGUCUACAACCUGCAAGUGCUAGAGGAGCGGGACCGCGAGCUGGAGCAUUAUGAUGCUGCCUUCGCCCAGACCCAGCGCGCAGAGGAGGCCCGGCAGGCGGAGGCCAGCGAGCUCAAGAUCGAAGCGGCCAAGCUGAGGCAGGCGCUGGCCCGAGAGGCCCGGCGGGCAGAUGAGCUGCAGCAGCAGCAGCAGCUGACGCUGCAGGAGCAUCGCCGGGAGCUGGAGCGCGUGCACAGUGACAAGAACAGUGAAAUUGACUGCCAUCGGGAACAGUAUGAACAACUGACGUGGAAACUGAAGAGGAGACUUCAGGAGCUCGAUGGGGAGCUUGUGCUGCAGAAACAGGCGCUUCUGGUGGAGUUUGAGUCCGAGAUGCAGAGGAGGGAGCGUGAGUCCCGUCUGCAGGCUGACGCCAUGAGCAACACGGUCCUGACGCAGGAGCUCAAGAUUAAAGUAUUGAGGAAAGAGCUUGAGGCCUUGAAGGAAGCUGGCGCUGAGGUUGCGGAGUCUCUGCAGAGAGCAGAGACUGCCAAUGCAGAGCUGGAGUGCGAGGUGGCGCGCAGGGACCGGGAGCUGCAGGACCUCAUGGCCGUGAAGGAUGCUCGGAUAAAGGACUUAGAGGGCAAGCUCCACUCUGCACAACUGACCCGGGCGAAGGAGGAGGAAGCCUUCCAGAGGAAGCAUGAAGUGCUGGACCGUCUGGCCAGGGAGCGGGACGCAGUGCUGGCCUCUGUGAAGGAGGCCCACGCGGAGCAGCUGCGGGCACAGGAAGCGAGGGUGCUGGAGCUGCAGGCCCACAGCGAGAGCCUGGAGGCACGGCUGCGCCGGGCUGAGUGGGGACAGGCCGACGCCGUGAGGGACCACGAGGCCGUUGUUGCCCGACUUCGAGAGGAGGUGUCGGCUCUGAAGUCCGGCUGGGACGCGCAGGUCGCUCAGCUCUCCCAGGAGGUGGUUGCCAAGGACCUGCAGGUUCAUGCUCUGCAGGAGGAGGGGCUGCAGCUCAAAGCCCAGUCAGCCCGGCUCCAGCAGGACAUCGACAGGUACAAGCAGCAGCUGGCGGCGGCCGUGGACAGGGAGCGGAGCCUGGAGCGGGAGAAGGUGCAGCUGGCGCUGGACUGGCAGUGCCGCUGUGACACCACUGAGCGGGACCAGUACCGCAGGUCCGAGGACCUGAUCCAGGGCCUGACCGCGGCCAGGGAGCAGGCUGUGGCCAAACUCGAGGAGGCAGAGCGGAGGCUGUGUGACAAGGAGGAGGUGCUGAAGGCCUUGGCCCUCGAGAGAGACCGGGCGGUGCAUGCGCUGAGGACACACGGGCUCCUUCCCGAGAGGGAGGCUCAGACACCCUUACGGCAUCAUGAAGAAGCAAUAAGUCAAGCUUUUCCGUCGAGUGAGAUCCAGCAACUACAAGAGCAGAACAUGAGCUUGCGGAAUGCUAUUGCUCAGAUGAGGAGGGAAAUGGAGGCGCUGAGUGAUCAAAUUCUUCCUUCUGCCCACUUUGGAGAAAAGACCUCAGAUACAAACCAGCCUAAUCCAAAUGCUGCAGCAGAUACUGCCACUCCUGAUUAUGUUCUGGCCCUCGAAGCAGAAAUACGAAAUCUAAAGCAUAAAUUUAAAACACUAGAAGAACAGUUAGAAGAUAUCUUAGAGCCUUCGAAGAUGUCGUCUUUUGCUGAAGUUCAGCCCGAUGUCUGUGCUGCAGACAGCGCUGCUGGCGAGGGUCCCAUCUUAUGGGGGGCCCCCCCUCAGGCCGAGGUGGCGCCCACCGUGCUGGCGUGCAGGAAGCUCGCAGGCAGGGUCCGUCUGCUGGACUGCCUGGUCUCGAGGCUCCGACAGAAGGUGCUGCAGAAGCCCCCAGAGAUGGAUGCUGUCCGGCUCCAGUUACCCCACGAGGUGGACCAGGCGCACGUGGAGGUCUUGGAGCUGGGCAAGCAGGUGGCUGAGCUGGAGAAGCAUCUUGGCACCACCAGGAAGGAAGGCGGCGAGGCAGUGGGUGGGACACCAGAGACCACGGCCACCAGGAGACAGGGCCCUGCAGGUGGAGAGCCCACGGGGACGGGGGACCAGGGGCCGCAGGCCACACAGCGCUCCUUGGAGCUCCGACUCCAGCGGAAGCUGAGGGCCGCCGCCAAGAGCAUCCUCCGCCUGCAGCAGGAGAAGGAGCAGCUCGUGGAAGCCAGCAACCGGCUCCGCGCGGGGCUGGGCCGUCCCCGGGACACCGCAGGGACGCCACCUGGCCCUUCCCCAAUUCCUGUCCUGGAAGCCCGGAGCCCAGGUGAGCUGCCUCGGCCACCACUGGAUUGUAGCCUGCCCUUGGGACAGGUGCAGCCUCGUUUCACAGCUCAGGUAACAGUCCAUCAUCUGAGGAAUGGGCUUUAUUUUUUUAUAUAAAUAUCAUUUUGUUGUUGUUGAAAAUAUGCACAGCAAAAACAUACACCAAUUCACAUUUCUCCAUGUGCAGUUCAGU